AUGGAGACUGCGCACUUUCAGUUAUCCGUUGUUUCUGCUGAUCAGCGAUUGCCGUCGCAAAUAAUUGAAAUCGAGUCUGAAUGGACGGCCAUCGAUCUAAAGAGGCAUCUGAGCAAAGUUUAUCCAGGAGAACCUCCUAUUGAGAGUCAAAAACUAAUUUUCGCAGGUCGCAUCCUCUCCGACGAUUCUAAACUAAGGGUAGUUAUUGGACAAGAACCAAUCUUGAGAACUGUCCAUCUUGUGUUAUCCCCUUCCGUUGCUAAUAAGGUCAAAGCUGCGAUGGCUGCUCGAAGGGCAGAUGAUUAUCCCUCUGAGGACCUGAAUAAAUUGAAGGAGCAGUAUUUGCAGUACCUCAACGACUAUUAUUGCACCACAAACAGUGAGGCUUUAAUUCCAUCCUAUGACUCGCAAACAGGAAAUGGAAACGAUGUAAUAAACGUCGAGAUAGAGGUUGCGGAGGGAGCGGAACAGCGAGAAGAGAAUGCAUUCCAGCAUCUGGCAAGGGCUUUGGGCUUUCGACCAGCUCAGGAGGCGCCUGAAGUGCAAAAUGUGGAGUUAGGUGGUGAAGAUCCCAUUGAUCUCUUUGAUUUCGCCUACGCCGUAUUUCGUGUCAGCAUCUUAGUUGCGAUUUGUAUCACCUACGCCUCCUGGCAGCGCAUGGCACUUGUCAUUGCUGUGGGUCUGUACGCCUAUUGGUAUGCAAUCACCACCAACAACACCGCCAUCUCAGUUGCUGAGGUCUCAGCAGGCAGUGUCGCUGUGGUCGGACGGAGUCGUGUUGGACAAAUUGCAGAGGCACUUCGAGCCGCCGGGGACACCUCGGUGCGUCUUGUCUGCGCUAUAUUCUCCUCUCUGGUGCCUGAACUCCCCGCGCGCAUUGAUUAG